UAAACUAAACCGCAUGACGAAGAAUCCAGCACGACAAGCAAAAUCUUCAAGGUCCGAACAUUUCUCACUCCGUCGAAUCCAUCGCCGCGAACGCCCCGAACCGACCGUCGGAGCGAAUCGGAUCGGCGAAGAGAGCGAGAGACGAUGGAGAGCGCGUCGGAGAUGGUGCCCUUCCCGUUGCUGCAGACGCCGAUCGAAUCGAACUACAGGGCCUGCACGAUCCCGUACCGGUUCCCCUCCGACAACCCGAAGAGGCCCACCCCGACCGAGCUCACCUGGAUCGAUCUCUUCUACAACUCCAUUCCCUCCUUCAAAAAACGAGCGGAGAGCGAUCCUACCAUCCCUGAUGCCCCUGUUAGAGCCCAAAAAUUCGCUGAAAGGUACGGUGCAAUAUUAGAGGACCUUAAGAAAGAUCCAGAAAGUCAUGGCGGGCCUCCUGAUUGCAUUCUUCUGUGCAGACUAAGAGAGCAGGUUCUCCGAGAGUUGGGCUUCCGAGACAUAUUCAAAAAAGUUAAGGAUGAAGAGAAUGCAAAGGCCAUAUCCCUUUUCAGUGAUGUAGUUAAUCUUAAUGAUGCAAUUGAAGACGAAGGCCAGCGUUUGGAAAAUCUGAUUAGAGGAAUGUUUGCAGGAAACAUCUUUGAUCUUGGAUCUGCACAGUUUUUGAAGCUCGCAGAGGUUUUCUCCAAGGAUGGGAUGUCCUUUUUGGCUAGUUGCCAGAAUCUUCUCCCGCGACCUUGGGUUAUUGAUGAUUUAGACAUUUUUAAAUUGAAGUGGAGCAAAAAAUCCUGGAAGAAGGCUAUCAUAUUUGUUGAUAACUCUGGUGCAGAUAUCAUUUUGGGUAUUUUGCCGUUUGUCAGAGAAUUACUUCGUCGUGGGACUCAGGUUGUGCUUGCUGCUAAUGACUUGCCAUCUAUUAAUGAUGUCACCUACCCUGAACUAAUUGAGAUUAUAUCCAAGCUGAAGGAUGAGAAUGGGAAGUUAAUGGGUGUUGAUGCUUCAAACCUCUUGAUUGCUAACUCUGGGAAUGAUUUGCCUGUUAUUGAUCUUACACGAGUAUCACAAGAGCUAGCUUUUCUGGCAGCGGAUGCAGAUCUAGUUAUUAUGGAAGGAAUGGGCCGUGGGAUAGAGACUAACCUAUAUGCACAGUUUAAAUGUGAUUCUCUCAAAAUUGCAAUGGUGAAACAUCUGGAGGUUGCUCAGUUUCUUGGAGGACGGCUUUAUGAUUGCGUCUUCAAGUACAGCGACGUAUCGGGUUGAUGGGAGAUUUCUUUCUGCACCAUUCACCAAAUCGCAUUAUAUCUAUGAAUUAUUUGAUCCGAGCUCUUGCCUGAAGAAUAUUCUUCCUUGAGGAGGAUUCUGACUGCAAAAUUGCAGAGGCAUGAAACCAUCAUGUACUGUGUAUGGACGGCCAUCUUCUGAAUUCCACAGAAUCCUUAUUCAAAGUCAUGGAUGUUCUAGCACAUGCGCAUGCAUGCAUUAUGUACGCUACAAAAGGAAAUAUUUUGCACACGAU